AUAUAGAUUAGAUACAAAUAUUUGUAACUCCUUUUUACCUUCCAAUAUGGCGUGCUUUUUAUGUUAUUCAUUGAGUAAGUAUCACUGUAAGGUUUUAAUAUAUCUACGAAAUAUCACUCAAUCAAUAUUUAUACUUCGUCUGCAUAUUAAAAUUUAAAACGAGUUUCAAAAUUCAUCUAACCAGUUUAGUUAGGUAUUGGUCUUUUGAUUUAGUUCUUUAUUUUGUGCUAAAGUCCGACCGGUGCUUCGAUUUGCUUGAAGUUAUUAAAUGAAGGUUUCCACUAAAUUAAACGUCACGAGGUAGCAUUUAUAACGUUCUAUGUUUAAGUGUAAAUCAAUUAUAAGAGAAGAGAGUUUAAGAGAAAAGAAUAGAACAUUAAAAUCAUUAGAGUGUUACAGAAUUUACGAAAAUAUUAUUCACUCAAAUAGUGUUCAUUCCAUACCCUAAUAAAAAUAAUAAUUAUAUCAACACUAAAAUAACAGUUUCACACAUAUCAAUGUCACAUACCCGCAUCUUCAAGGAAAUCUACUUGGUAAAAUCUCCGACUCUAAUCUAGAUUUUUAUAACAAAAUACAAUUGCAGUCAUGCGGACUUUGUGGUCGAGUUUCGUAAAAUAUUGAUUAAUAAUCUAGUUAGCCAAGAAAAUGACGUAACAUCGGUUGAAGACCUUUUAUAAGAUUAAACAAAGAAGAUAAUGACCACAAUGUCAAUAAGUGGAACUAUCCAUGAAGACGUGACAACCGAAGUUCUUGGAAAUAUUGGCGUUUGGCAAUGGACAGUCACUAUACUCUCAACGAUUUUAGCUGCACCAACAGUACUUAAUCAGUAUGAAGACGCGUUCCUUCUACAACCACCAAAUGGCGUCGUCUGUAGGUCUCAGUACAAUGAUACUCUGUGUUCAUAUACUGUAAAUGGAACGGAAUUUAUGUGUGACUCUUGGCAAGUAAGAUUCAUGUGGCUCGUGUGGAUUAAGAAAACGUGGCUUAUAUUCUGUGAUAAAGAUUCUACGAUUUUCCUAAUUCUGACGGUAAUUUGUCGUUUUGGUUUAUGCCUGGGAAGCAUUAUAUUUGGACUUAUUUCGGAUGGUUUUGGAAGACGAAUAGCAAUCAUGAUGAAUAUAAUAGCUGAAUUAUUAUUCCGACUUGCGAUAACCUUUUGUGAUUCAGAGAGCUGGUAUCUACUACUUAUAUUUCUCAAGUCAUUAUCUACUAGUGGUAUUUACUACCUGGGAUUAGUUAUAGUCUGUGAAAUUGCAAGCAACAAAUGGCGUACUAUUCUAGGAUUUAUGGUUUCUUUCCCUCGUCUUUUAAACUCCACCUGUAUGCUAGCAAUUGCGAAUUCUGCUCCUAAUCUUGAAACCUAUAACUUUAUAGCAUUCUUAGUGGGUCUUCUACCGCUUAUUCUUAUCAGAUGGAUUCCCGAAUCACCACAAUGGUUGCUAUACAAUAGAAGAAUAUCAUCAGCAGAAAAGAUACUAAUUAGAGCUGCAAAGAAAAACCGCGUAAUAUUAUGUAAUGACUUCAAAAUAAGACCAGUUGACCACAGAGCGUAUAAAUGUUUGGAUGAGGAAUGGACUUGUUUCACUAUAUUAUGUACUCACAAUGUUAGAAUUAUUUUUCUGUCGUGUCUUAUAUUCUGGGCUUUGUACUUUUUUCUAUGGUCUCCUUUAUACAUGGAAGUAUACAAAGAUCCAAUAUAUGCCCCUGUUAAAGUAUUACCAACGACGGCUGUCUUAGGACUUCCUUAUGUUUGUUUGGGGAAAAAGAUGAAGCUGAGAUUUUGGUUGGCGCUAAAUAUUGUUAUUUUGGGGGCUUCAACAAGUAUUUUUGUUUUCAAGAAGAGAUUACAUCUUAAUUUCGUCAUACUUGAAGUGAUUUCUACAAUAGGCUUGGCUUCAGGGUUAAUUAGCCACGCCUUACUCCUCAACAUUACACCACGGGUCUUAGCCACUAAAUGCAGAGCGACCCUUUUUGGGUGCUAUUACUCUCUGGGACACCUUGGCACCAUGACAGCAUACCUUGUCACGACCCAGGAUAUUCGAGAUCUUACUAUGAUGAUAGUUGUUGUAGUAAUAACAUUGAUAUUGGUAUUUAUAUGUUUAAUACUACCUGAUGUCGAUGGGCGGGAGUUGCCAGAUACAUUAAAGGAUAUGGACUAUUUCUCAGAGCUAUCAAAACCACUACGGUGGGUGGCACAAAAAACGAAUUCCCCCUCACACGAAGAAUUGGAAUUAAGGGUUCACUCCUUUAGUAUGGAUGGAAAUAAUUCAGAUGAUACCAACCCACCUCAACAAAUUGGAUUCGUACGAAUAUGGCAUUUUAUUUAUAAAUCGUGUAGGCAAUGUCAAAAUAAUAAAACUAAUUAAUAAUUUAGUUGUGUCUUUACUUUUCUAUGAAAUUAUCAAGGCCUUUUAUACAAGUUGUACGAUUUUGAGGUGUCACGUGGAUAUAUAUUUCGUUCACUGACGCUUUCACUGAUAACAUUACCAGGUGAAUAAAUGAUUCUUAUAUAA